CAAAAUCUUCACCAACCAAAACAUUUUAACACACAACCGCGACCCAAGAGAAACGUCUCACUCCACAAGACGCCCAAACCAAACGAUAAGAAAGAGAGAAUGAUCUGCGUUAGAGCUCGGCCGCUAUUUUCCUCCCCGUUAUCUCUCUCCUUCUCAUCAUCAACCACCAAACACUCCCCUACCCUUCUCCGUCUCCCUCGUCGCUCUCUUUCCACCGUCGCAAUGUCUUCCUCCUCCACCACCACUCCUCCCGAAAUCAUCGAGCACAUCGUCCUCUUCAAAGUCAAACCCGAAACCGACUCCACGAAGAUCGCCUCCAUGCUCAACGGCCUCAACUCCCUCCUCUCCCUCUCCCAGGUCCUCCACAUCUCCGCCUCCCCUCUCCACCGCGUCAGAUCCUCCCCUUCCCUCUUCACCCACGUCCUCCACAGCCGCUACCGCUCCAAGGACGAUCUCAACGCCUACGCCGCGCAUCCGGACCACGUCCGCGUCGUCAAGGAGAGCGUCUUGCCCAUCUGCGAAGACGUCAUGGCUGUUGAUUGGGUUGCGGAUCGGGUUCCCGGAACCCUAGCUCCGCCUCCUGGCUCCGCCGCGAAACUGACUUUUCUCAAGGUGAAGGAGGGUGGUGACAAGGAGGAGAUUGUGGGUGUGAUUAAGGGGCUUAGGGAGAGGAUUCCGGGGGUUGGUGAGAUCACUGUUGGGGAGAAUUUCUCUCCGGCGAGGGCGAAGGGCUUUUCGAUUGCUUCGAUUGCGUUUUUUAGGGAUUUGGGGGAGAUGGAGAGUGUGGAUGGGGAGAAGGAGUUGGUGGAUGGGGAGAAGGAGAAGGUUCGUGAGUUUAUUGAUUCUACUAUUGUUGUUGAGUUCGUUGUGCCUUCUGGUUUGGUUUCUGGGUUGUAGAGUGGGUUGUAACCAUGAGACAAUAAGAGAUAAUAAUAAGAGUUUCUGAUUCUGCUUUCGUAUAAUUGAGAUAUUGAGUUUGGUCUUCUUUGUUAUACAUUUGGAGUUAUUAAUUGUCUGCAUUUGUGUGUUGAUGCAAAGUCGGUUCUGAUUCUAUUAGUUAGAUGUUACAGUUGCAG